AUGACUGUGGAGGAUAACCUCGAUAUUGACUUUUCCGAUCUGGAGGAGAAGUACGCUGUCAACGCGGACGAGGGCUUUGAGUCUUUCAUCGUUGUCGAUGGAGCUCCUGUGAUUCCCCAGGCCAAGCAGGCAGCCCUGGCCAACGUCAUGAAGAAGUUCUUUGGCGCUGUUGGCAAGAUCAAGGAAGACGGCAUCUUUAUUCCCUUCGACGAGGCCACCGGUAAGUCCACCGGAUUUGUCUUCAUUGAGUACGAGACGGGCGAGAUGGCUGCUGCUGCCGUCAAGUCUUUCCACAACAAGCAGUUUGACAAGAACCAUAAGCUGCUUGUCAACAAGCUGUCCGAGGUGGAGAAGUACGGCAUGCAGUACGACACUCUGAAAACCGAGGAGUUUGUCGAGCCCGAGACCGAGCCUUUUGUGGAACAGGGACAUCUGCGAAGCUGGCUCAUGGACCCCCAGGGCCGAGACCAGUUUGUGCUCCAUCGAGGAGACACAGUCGGAGUCUUCUGGAACAAAAAGGGUGAUACUCUGGAGGCUGACGUUGACCGAGAGCGAUGGACCGAGACCCAGGUCUACUGGUCUCCCACCGGUACUUACCUUGUGUCUACUCAUACUCAAGGUGUUCAGCUGUGGGGUGGCCCCGACUGGGCUCCUCCUAUCUGCAAAUUCCAGCAUCCCAACGUCAAGAUGGUGCAGUUUUCUCCCUGCGAGAAGUUCCUUGUCACCUGGUCUAACGUUCCUCUCGUUCUCCCUGAUGACGAGGAGAAGCGAAAGAGCAUUCCUUUUGGCCCCGCUGACGAGGGCAAACAGAUCAUUGUAUGGAACCUCGAGACUCGACUUCCCGUCCGAACCUUUGCUAUGCCCCCGGAGAAGAAGGGCGCCUCUAUGUCCUGGCCCAUUCUCAAGUUCUCUCCUGACGACAAGUACGCUGCCCGUAUGAUCCCCGGAGAGCAGCUGUCUAUCUACGAGACCGAGACCAUGUCUCUGCUGGAUAAGAAGUCCGUCAAGGCUCCCGGUAUCGUCGACUUUGAGUGGGCUCCUGCUCUUGUUAACCUGGAGGGACGACAAAAGUCCGCCACUGAGUCUGUUCUCUGCUACUGGACUCCUGAAAUUGGCAACCAGACCGCUCGAGUGGUCCUCAUGAAGGCUUCCAACAAGGAGGUGCUGCGAACCCGAAACCUGUUCAACGUGGCCGAUUGUAAGAUCCACUGGCAGGACCAGGGACGCUUCCUGUGCGUCAAGGUCGACCGACACACAAAGUCCAAGAAGUCUACCUUUACCAACCUCGAGUUCUUCCGACUGUGCGAGCGAGGAGUGCCCGUCGAGGUUAUGGAGCUCAAGGACACCGUCACCAACAUGGCCUGGGAGCCCCACGGAGACCGAUUCGUCACCAUUUCCAACUCGGACUCCACCACCAACUACGACGGUCCUCUGCCCGCCAACCGACACACUCUGUCCUUCUACGCUCUUGAGCGACACAAGGGAACCCAGGGCACAUGGAAGCUGAUCAAGGCAUUUGACAAGAAGAACUGUAACUCUCUGUUCUGGUCCCCUAACGGUCGAUUCCUCAUCACUGUCAUGAUUGAGGGCUCUAACUCUAUCGAUCUCGACUUCUGGGACAUGGACUACGAGGGUGACCGAAAGCACGGUGACAAGGAUCUUCCUGCCAACCUGCACUUCCUCGGCUCGUCCGAGCACUACGGUAUCUCUGCUCUCGAGUGGGAUCCCUCUGGACGGUUUGUCGCCACCUGGUCUUCCUACUGGAGACACCACACCGAAAACGGAUACAAGAUCUGGGACUUCCGAGGCCAGCUGCAGCGAGAGGAGUCCAUUGACCGAUUCAAGCACUUUUCCUGGAGACCCCGACCCCCUACUCUGCUCUCCAAGCAGCAGAAGAAGGAUAUCCGAAACAACCUGGAGGAGUACUCUCGAAAGUUUGAGGAGAUCGACGCCAUGGAGGCUUCCGAGGCUUCUCGAGAGCUUAUCAUGCUGCGGAAGCGACUGCUCGAGGAGUGGACCGCCUGGAGAGCCCAGACUGACAAGAAGCUCGAGGAGCUGGGUCUUGUCGAGCCCGAGCCUGCCGAGUCCGAGUACACCACCAUCGAGGAGAUCAAGGAGGUUGUUGUCGAAGAUAAGGAGGAGGUUUGCGAGUAA